UUCAAUCAUGUCAUAUGUCAAGAUAUGGAAUUCAUAAAACAUAAAUAAAAACAAUUAAAUUUUUUGUAAUUUCAAAAUUUACGUAAAACUCUUUCCUCAUUUUCUUUAGUGCUUUUUUUUACUUUUAUUAAUCUACUUCUUAAAACCUAUACGAAAACUACGAAAAAUGCCUUCACGCCAAUUAAUUAUUUUCGAUUUUGACGAGACCAUCAUAAGUGUAAAUUCCAUGCGUCAACUGCUCCAAUUCAUACCAAAUUACCGGCGACCUCACAUGUAUGACACGCAGAAAAAGGGUUGGGUCGACUAUUGUAACAAAGCACUUAAGGAGCUCCAUUUCAUGGGCUACCAGACGAGUACAAUGUGCCAAUUUAUACGUGCAGUGCCGCCCAUUCCCGGUAUGGUGAAACUGAUUCACUACCUGUCGAAUUCUUGUGAACCCACAUAUGACUUGAUCUUGAUCAGCGACGGCUAUCGCAUCAUAAUCGCCGAUUGGUUGGAGCACCAUGGACUCUUCCACUGUUUCACCGGUAUUUAUUGUAAUCCAUCUCAGAUCAAUGACAGCGGAGAGGUGACUGUGAGCGGUUAUCAUUGCACUGAAUGUCCGUACAGUCCACAGAACAUGUGCAAGCGGCGUGUGAUGGAAGAAUUCAUUAAGAUGCAGAAAAGUCUGCAAAUAAACUACGAUCGCGUGGUGUACAUCGGUAAUGGUAGCGGUGACUUUUGUCCUACUUUGAGUUUGGGACCACGUGAUCUGGUGUGCGCACGCAAAGACGAUAUACUGGCCGAAAAGAUUGAACAAAAUCGUAAAAAGCUGAAGAUAAAACCGGAGAUUUAUUUAUGGGCUAGUGGAUAUGAGAUAAUUGCCAAAUUGGACCAAAGGAACGAUAUUGGUAAUUUAAAAAAAAAUUAAGAAAUCAAAACCCCACUGCUAAAGUUUGACGGACAACAAAACUCAACUCGGUAUAAAUAAAUGUUGUGCAAAUGAUUAAAGUUUCUAUUUUUAUGCGGAUAAAUAAGAUUACAUAAAAAUUA